UGAAAGAGAACGCUUGCUCAAUAGCUUCCUGUGUUUGUUAGCACUUCAGAAAAAUGGCAGAGUCGAUUUCAAGUAACGAGGACCUUUUAAUGUGCUCAAUUUGUUUGGAUCUACUGAAUGAUCCAGUGACUAUUCUCUGUGGACACAACUAUUGCAUGGGCUGCAUUAAUGGCUGCUGGGAUCAGGAGGAUCAGAAUGAAGUUUACAGCUGCCCACAAUGCAGACAGACGUUUGCUCCAAGACCUGUUUUAAACAAGAAUAAUGUUGUUGCAGGGCUUGUGGAACAACAAAGGAAGACCAGAAUGCAAGCUGCCUCUCUUGCUCUGUGUAGGCCUGCUGGACCUGGAGAUGUGGAGUGUGACGUCUGCACUGGGAGAAAACUCAAAGCUGUCAAGUCCUGUUUGGAUUGUCUGGUGUCUUACUGUGAAACUCACUUAAAGGUUCACAAUGAUAUUCAUCCAGGAAGAAAACAUUCAGUGACUGAUGCCACAUGCCAGCUGCAGGAGAGGAUCUGCCCCCGUCACAAGAAGGCGUUUGACAUAUUUUGUCGUACUGAUCAGAGUUGUAUCUGCUAUCUGUGCAUGAUGGACGAACAUAAAGGCCAUGACGCAGUCACAGCUGCUGCAGAAUGGGCCGACAAACAGAAGCAGAUGGGCAAGACACAGAUAGGAUUCCAGCAGAUAAUCCAGGAAAGAGAGAAGGAGCUGCAGGAGUUGAGAAAGUCUCUGGAGACUCUCAAGAGUUCUGCACAGACAGCAGUGGAGGACAGUGAGAGGAUCUUCACUGAGAUGAUCCGCUCCAUUGAGAGAAGGCGCUCUGAGGUGACAGAGCUGAUCAGAGCUCAGGAGAAGGCUGAGGUGAGUUGGGCUGAAGGACUCCUGAAGCGACUGGAGCAGGAGAUUGCUGAGCUGAAGAGGAGAGAUGCUGAGUUGGAGCAGCUUUCACACAUAGACGAUCACAUCCAUUUCCUCAAGAGUCUUCCUCUUCUGAAUGAGCAGAGUGGAACAGAUGUCAUCAUGCGUGUCAAUACACACAUCUCCUUUGGGGAAGUUGGUCAGUCCCUGUUCAUGCUUAAACGACGCCUGGAAGACCAGUGGACAGAGGAGGAGGCGGAGAUGUCCAAAGCAGUCAAGCACAUCCACACAGUGCUGCUUCCUGAGUAUCGGACCAGAGAAGAGUUCUUGAAAUACUUACAUCCAUUCACCCUGGACCCUGCCACAGUGCGUAACAGUCUCCAGCUCUCAAAAGGGAACUUGAUGGUUUCACACACUAAUGUGGCCACAUCCUACCGCAAUGGCCCUGAGCGAUUUGACGGGUGGCUUCAGGUGCUGUGUAUGGAGGGCAUAACUGGACGCUGCUACUGGGAGGCUCAGUGGAGUGGGCAGUGGGCUAACAUAGCCGUUUCAUACGAGAGCAUCAGCAGGAAAGGAGGGGGCAAUGAGUGCAGGUUUGGAUAUAAUGAUCAGUCCUGGAGUCUAAGACUCUCCAGGUCCACCUCCUCUUUCAGGCACAAUAAUAAAGAGACUAAACUCCCUCUAGUGGCCAGCUGCAGAAUAGGAGUGUAUGUGGAUUACGAGGCAGGAACUCUGGCCUUCUACAGCAUCUCUGACACAAUGACCCUCCUGCACAGAGUCCAGACCACAUUCACUCACACACUCUACCCUGGGUUUGGGUUUGAUUUUGGUCUGGCACAUUAUAACUCUUCUGUUGAGGUUGUGUAAGAAUAAGAUGUAUAAUCCGUUGUAUUUAUAAAGGAGCAUGGUGACUCCACUAGGUUUGCAUGUCAGAUUUUUAUUUUAUAAGAUAAGUAAGUAUGAAAAGUAAAACCAAAGGCACAACUUAUUAAAAAAAGAUAUGACCGUUGUAUAUUCAGUUGAACAAUGUAUUUGGAUAAUAUUACAUUGAGUUACAAUUCAGCACUACAGAACAACCUGUUCAGAUGAAGCUAGUUGUUUUAAGCUUUUUAAAGUGGCGUUGGCUUUCUCUGCUCCGCACAUCAUGGAGCUACAACUGAGCUGUGCAUAGCUGUGUCCAAUCACCUCUGCUGUGCUGGAUUUGUGAAAAGAAUAAAUGUAUUGAAUGACUCAUCACUAA